AUGUCGGACCCAAACUCGCUGACGAAUUGUCGCUUCUACGAGGAAAAAUAUCCCGAAAUCGAGAGUUUUGUCAUGGUGAAUGUCAAACAGAUCGCAGAAAUGGGCGCCUAUGUCAAGCUGCUAGAAUACGACAAUAUCGACGGCAUGAUCCUCCUCUCCGAACUCUCUCGAAGACGUAUCAGAUCGAUACAGAAACUCAUCCGCAUCGGCCGCAAUGAAGUCGUGGUGGUCCUCCGAGUAGACAAGGAAAAGGGAUAUAUCGAUCUGUCCAAACGAAGAGUCUCGGCCGAAGAUAUUGUGCGCUGCGAGGAACGCUACAACAAGAGCAAGUCGGUCCAUUCGAUCAUGCGGCACGUUGCCGAAAAGACCAAGACACCCAUUCUGAAGUUAUACGAGGACAUUGCCUGGCCGCUCAACCGGAAAUUUGGCCACGCCAAUGACGCAUUUAAGCUCUCCAUCACAAACCCCGACGUGUGGAACGACGUGACAUUCCCCAACGAGGUUGUCAAGGAGGAACUGUUGACGUACAUCAGCAAGAAACUGACGCCGCAUCCGACCAAAGUAAGGGCUGAUGUGGAGGUUACAUGUUUCAAGUACGACGGCAUCGAUGCUGUCAAGGCAGCACUGCGGCAAGCCGAGGCCAGAAAUUCUGCUGAGACCCAAGUCAAGGUCAAGCUGGUGUCGCCGCCACACUACGUCCUUACCAGCCAGUGUUUGGACAAGGGCAUGGGCAUUCAGCUACUCGAACAAGCAAUCAAAGACAUCGACGACAACAUCAAGGAAGCAGGGGGUGCUUGUGUGGUCAAGAUGGCCCCUAAAGCCGUGACCGAGCAUGAUGAUGCCGAACUGCAGGCGCUGAUGGAUAAGAGGGCGCGGGAGAACGAGGAAGUCAGCGGCGAUGAGGAUGUGAGCGAGAGCGACGAAGGGCCAGAGGUUGCAUAA